AUGGACCCACGCAAACAAGAGCUAUGGAGCGGCCGUGCUCCUCCUCUGAAGAUCAACCCGGAAGACCCUGAGCUGCAGAUGGAGACGCGGGUCUGCCGACGCCCAGGUUUCGGCAAAGACGGCAGAACGAUGAAGAUGAAUGUGAACUACUUCAGUAUCUCGUUGGACAAAGCUCCCGUUGAGGUGUUCAAGUAUCACGUCGACCCUGCACGACUUCUGCCUCGAGCUUUGGUACGUAACGUGAUCAACGCUGCCCUGACUCAGUACAAAGCCGAGUUGGGAGGCGUUCGAGUCGUUCACGACGGUAUGUCGGCACUGUUCGCACCGCAAAAGUUCGAGUGGAACGCCCGAGACUUCCCAGACGUGAACCCGGACAGACCGAGUUCGGAGCAGCAGAAAGAUGGAGGCUUUCGUCGGCGAGGUCCGCCAACAUUCAUUGUCAAGGUGAAGCUAGCGGAGACUAUCGCUCUUCAGAGUGUUGAGGAGCACUACCGAAACCCAGACGAGAAUGUGAUGCCCGUUCUUCAGGCACUCGACAUUGUUGCACGUCACCUUGGAGCCCAGCGCCUCGUUUCAGUUGGACGCAAUUUCUUCGCUAUGAAAAAGACGCACGAAUUGAAAGGAGGCAAAGAGCUGUGCUGGGGAUACCACCAAGCCAUUCGCGUGGCGGAGAAGAAGCUGCUGCUGAACAUUGACCAGGCUGCCAGUGUGUUCUACCAGCCCUGUGAGCUCAUGAAGCUGGCGACUUCGGCUCUUAAUGUUCGCUCUCCUGCAGAUGCACACGGUCUCUCAGAGCGAGAUAUGCGGAGCUUGGCGCGAGCUCUACGCAAAGUAGAAGUGUACCCGACACACCGCAAAGACCGCAAGCGCGCCAUCUUUGGUGUCAGUCCUGAUCGUGCCGACCGGACUUUGGUGGAUAUCAAGGGCGAGACGAUGAGCGUGGCUGAUUACUUUUACAAGAAGUACAACAUGCGACUUCGAUACCCGAAUCUGCCGCUUGUGAACGUGGGCAGUAGGAAAGCUGGCAGAGAGAAGUGGCUGCCGAUCGAGCUGUGCGAAGUCGCACCGGGGCAGCGCUGUCCGAAUAUCAACGACCUCGAUACGGCCGAGAUCAUUCGCCAGACCAGUCAGCCGCCUCAUCAGCGUCGAGAGACCAUACUGGGUCAGAUCCGUCAAGCAGGAUUUGAGAACGAUCCGUACUUGGCUGCUUUCGGGCUGGAGGUCGACCAGCAACUCGAGACGGCGGAGGCGCGUGUGCUCGAUCCUCCCGACGUGCAGUACGCGAAUGUUUCUGAGCGCCCGUCGGGUGGCCAGUGGAAUUUGAGAGACAAGAAGUUUGUCCACGGCGCGGUACUUCGCAACUGGGGAGUGGUGGUGGACGCUAAUGUGAGUCCUCGCGAUGUGAAUAAUUUCAUUGGGAUACUGGUGGACACUGCGAGUAAGUGCGGACUUUCGGUGGAGUGUCGAAGUCCACCGGUGAUUGAUCGCUCUUCCUGUAAACGGGUAGAAGUGGAGGAUCUGAUGAAGUUCUGCUUCCAAGAGCUGGAAACCCGUGGCAACGGCGCUCCUCAGCUCAUUUUGGUGAUUAAGCAAGACAAGGGAUCCGUCUCGUACGGCCGGAUCAAGCGCAUGUCAGACACGGUGCUGGGGAUCCCAAGCCAAUGCAUCGUCGCGACAAACCUGCGCAAAGCCAACCCGCAGGUGUGUGCGAAUGUGUGCUUGAAGAUGAACAUGAAGUUGAGUGGCAAGAACUCUGUGCUUCGAGAGCCUCUACCGCUCAUCAGUACAUGCCCUACAAUCGUGAUCGGGGCUGACGUCGAGCACCCACGCUCUGGAAUGGGCUCUCGACCUUCCAUUGCGUCUGUUGUGGCGUCGAUGGACGCGUACUCGGCCAAGUACAUUGGGCGUGUGGCAGCUCAAAAAGCAGCAAACGACAUACAGCAAUUGCCGCAUAUGCUGCGUGAUCUCUUCUUGGCGUUCUACCAGAGCACCAACCGCCAACCCGAGCGCGUCAUCUAUUACCGCGAUGGCGUUAGCGAAGGCCGCUUCUACGAUAUUCUACAAACCGAAAUGCGAGCUCUACGCAAGACGUUCAAGAUGCUAUCGGACGACUACAACCCGCCCGUGACCUUCGUGGUGGUCAACAAGCGCCACCACAUGCGAGCUUUCCGAAUAAAUCCUCGAGACGCCGACCGCAAGGGUAAUGUGGUGCCGGGCACCGUGCUCGACACGGACGUCGUGAGUCCACACCGAUUCGACUUCUUCUUGUAUGGCCACAGUGCCAUCCAAGGCACGAGUGUUCCGUGUCACUACACGGUGCUGCAUGAUGAGAACAGGAUGACUGCCGACGAGCUGCAGAGACUCACGUACCACCUCGGAUACACGUUUGUGCGGUGUACCCGCUCGGUGUCGUUCGCGACUCCAGCGUACUAUGCGCACCUUGCUGCUGGACGUGCUCGGUUCUUCUUGUACGAAGGAUCGUCGGACACUGCGUCGAUGAGCACCAACUUGUCGAGCUCGUCCAACUUCGACUUCGCAGGCGUGCACAAGAACAUGCUGGACUGCAUGUUCUACGUGUAA